UACACUGCGCUGCCGAUAGUGCUGACUUUGCACACGUGUAGUGAGGUCAAAGGCCGACUCCGACACCGUAAACUACUUUGGUUUCCGUAAACGAUUCGGAUACUAUCAGCAUGUUGAACGAGGUGGCUUCUUUUCUGGAGAGGAAGGAGAAAGACGAUUUAAUGGGGCAGCUUGUGUUAGUGUCUGAUCGCCAAGCCAACGGAAGCUUUCUCAUCCACUACUUCAUUUCACAGGCCUUGAAAGAUGGGUUUGAUGUCUACCUGGUUUCGUUCGCCCAGUCAUUCAUUCAUUACAGCAGUGUUGCUUCAAAACUAGUGAGUUGAACUUCGCUGAAACGUCGAUAAACAUUUUCUCGUUUUUUCAUUCUGUAGGGAGUGAAUCUGUCUCGGUACCAGAGCAGUGGGCAGCUGGUGUACAUCGACUGUCUGUCUCGCUUGUUGGACGGAAUAUGGGCGGAGCCUGGAGAUGCAUUAGUAGCCACACCCCCUAAUAAGUCCCCCAGUACUGUGACGUAUAGUCUAGACAGUGAUGGGACUUUGCGAGGACUCUAUGAUGAGAUACAGUCAUUGCUGACCUGUGGAAGAACGCAGAAGCCGGUUUGUAUUGUUCUGGAUGACCUUAGCAUUCUCACAAGUGUUGGGGUCAGGGUGAGAGAUAUCACCAGCUUUGUUCGCUACUGCUCUGAUUUGAUCUCGGGUCCACAGUGCAUAGCCAAUGGUUACGUGGUUGCCAUGGUGCACUGCGAGGGGGAGGAGAGAGUGGAUGGGGAGGAGGGGCUGCUGUGUUCUCAGUUACUCUAUCGCAGCCACUUGAGCCUGACAGUCAGAGGAAUGGAGUCUGGCUAUUCCAGAGACAUUCAUGGAGAGGUAAAGGCAGAAUGGAGAGAACCGUGCCCACAACCGUCAUUCUCUCCCACCACCAAACACGCUCAAUUCAAACUCUCAGAUAAAACUGUCCGUCUCUUUGCAAAAGGAACUUCUAGCGCCGUUUUGUAGCGCGCUUAAAGCUAAUUACCACUUUGUGCGCGCGCAUACGCCAACGACGCGAGAGCGACGCGGGUUUUGAAGACGAUGGAGGCGCGUGGCGUUCCUGUGGACGUCGUUUUUGCAGACGCGUCCAGCAGCGGCGGAUCUCUGAACGUAGACAUAGACGAUAAGGGAUCUUCGUCGGUAGGAAACAGUGACAGUAGAGACAACGGAACCGCUGCAGAAGUCGAGACGAAGAAACGUCCGCGGGAACGGCUCUGGGCGACCGCACUUGCUGCGUUAGUGGCAGCCGUACCGGCUCUCCUGGUCGGCUAUACGAUCGGCUUCCCGUCUUCUGCACUGCUCGACCUGACGGGAGACCUUGCAGCUGGUAUUCCGAGCGACUACGUCUUCAGUUCCACUCUUGCCGACGUCUUUGCUGCUCUGGCACCGGUAGGUGGGGUGUUUGGAGGAUUGAUUGCGGGUCCAAUAGCGGACAGAUGGGGCCGCAAAAACGCGCUGGUUCUGUGCGGCAUUCCCUACUUUGUUGGGUAUCUGGUCCUGAGCUAUGCUCACUACCUUCCAACCGCAGAGAGUUUCAAGACGAUAGUGCUGUUGGGGAGGUUUCUGACUGGAGUUGGUAUGGGCUGGGCCUGCAUGUCUGCAUCAGUUUACAUUGCAGAGAUUUCGAGUGCCAAGUUUCGGGGAUUUUUCGGAUCCUUUGUUCAGAUUGGGCUGGUUGCCGGAAUACUAGUCAACUAUGUCAUUGGCUCCAUCCCUCAUUUUCCCUACUACCGCAACUCUCUGGUUGCUGCCGGGAUAGCUGCCGGGUUCGAAGUCUUCAUGGUGAUGUUGUAUGAGACUCCGAGAUGGCUCGUUUCCUGGGGGCGAACCACUGAUGCUAGGCACAGCCUCAGAUGGCUGCGGGGACCUUCAGUCGAUAUCGAACAAGAAUUUCAGGCAGCUAUGGCGGUUCAGCACGUGAGUACAAGUCUGCGGGAGACUGUCAGGGAAUUUCGGAAGAGGAGCGUGGCGGUGCCCCUGGUGUUGAUGAUUUUCGUGAUGUUUUUCCAGCAAGCCGGCGGGCUAAAUGCCCUCGCCUCGUUUGCUGCUAGUCUCUUUCAACAGGCUGGGGUCGCGAACCCUCGGAUCACCACUGCCUAUGCCGUGGGAGGAGUCGAGUUAGCUACAUCUCUAGUGGUGGUGUUUGUUAUUGACCUAGUGGGAAGGAAGUUCUUGCUCAUUCUGAGUGGAGUGGGGAUGACCAUCGGCACUUUACUUCUCGGAGUCCACUUUUAUCUAACCCGGCCUUCUCUCUGCGCGAGUGAACACUUCUUCAACUCAACUCUAUCCUCGGAGCUGUCGGAGGACUUUGGGGCAAAUGUCUGCAAUGCCCAAUACGGACCGCUAGCCAUUGUCAGUAUAAUGACGUUUGGAGUUGGAUUUUCGAUCGGUUGGGGUCCCGUCCCCUGGAUCCUGGUCUCGGAACUGACACCGCUGCGUGUGAGGGGAGCUGCGUCGGGCAUUGCAACACUAGUCAACUGGGGCACUGCUGCUGUUGUGGUCGGAUUCUACAGCUCGUAUGCCGAGGCUGUGACUACUUGGUUCGCCUGGUGGUCGUUUACAGCCAUCAACAUCGCCGCGGUCGUGUUUGCUGCACUAUUCCUACGGGAGACAAAGGGAAAAUCGCUGGAAGAAAUCGAGAGUCAUUAUCAGAGAAAUGUUCUUUAGUUGUGAAUAAUUCCAGUCAUCCCGUGUUUGAUAUUAUUAUUAUGGGGGGUGUGAUUUUCGAUUGCUUUGUGAUUUAGAAGUUCCCUGUGCCGGGCGGUUUAGCAAAAUAGCUGAAGAGAUCUUUUUCUUGCAUCAUUAUACUCACAUAACAAUGGUGUGUGAAUAAAUUUAAUUCUGAUUGUGUAUAUAGUAAAGAUAGUCACAGUUUUCGCUCACACACAAAAACAUCAAGAAUAAUAAAGUAAUACUACCUUGAUUUUUCAAUUAGCACACAGAUGAUUAUCAUGGGUGGGGCUUCAAUUUCAACACCAAUGUUCUUGAUAGUAUAUCUCUAUGUCCUCUAAAGUCUUUCCUUUAGUCUCACGAAUGAAGACAAUUGCAAAUACGGCGGCGAUAGUGUUGAGAAAGGCAAACGUCCACCAAGCGAACCAGUCCCUAACAGCCUCCGAGUAUUCCAGGUAGACACCAAUCACUAGUGCAGCAGAGCCCCAGUUCACGAGAGUAGCUAUCCCACU